CUUGAAUUCUUCAUGUGCCCAUAAUAUCUUCUUCCUCUCCCUCUCACACAAUUUCUUUCUGGUGGGUUAGAUAUGGUGGAGAAGCUGAAAAAGCGACGACGUAUUUACUCUCUGGAACCCAGCAAAAUAGCUCAAGCUGAGUUCGCGAGAAUCUACUUGAGCCAUUUGGUUCCAGCUUUGAUGAAGCUGAAGCAGAACAAGAAGAGUGAUAUUGCUGAUACUUCAAAAGAUGAUGAUGGUCGUGGUGGUCUGAUAAAGAGCAGUUGUGUGAAUGUUGUGAAGCGUGAAGUGGGCAUGGCUAUGGUGUGGUCAGCCCCACCAGGCUUUGCGUGGACUAAAGCCCUAAAAGCCAAGCUUCAACCAGCAGAAGAUCAAACCAAUGCAGUUGCAGCAAUAAUCAAUGACGACCAUCAUCAUCACAUUGAUUCUCCUUCGUCACAAUAUUUCUCUGCAAACCCUACUGGUAAUAAUGAAGAUGACAGAGAUGAAGAAGAAGGAUUUAAAAGACUGAGAAGGUUGAUUCCAGGUGGAGAAGAAAUAGGCGAGGGAGAAGAAAUGGUUAAAGAAUUGGGAAGUUAUAUAAGGUGCUUGCAAAUGCAGGUGAACAUUCUUCAAUGUUUGGCUCACACACCUUGAUUUAUUGUUUCUUUUCUCUUUGUUAUUUUCCAGAUAUGUGUAUUUCUGUGAAAUUAUAAUUAUUCAAGCAAUAUAUAAUAUAUAUUGUCAAAAACAACUAGCUAGCUGCUGGGUUUAUAGCUUAUUUGAAUAUGGUUUUGUAUAUAUGUUUUUUUUUUCAAAUUAAUAAGAUCAUUUUUUUCGUGACGAAUGCAAGAAAGACGAUGU